CGCCCAGUGUGAACGCCGCUCCGGCUCAACGCGCUUCUCCGGCCCCGCCCGACCCCGACCCCGACCCCGACCCCGACGGUCUCUCCAGCCAGCUCCGUCCCGGCUCUAGGAGCCACCCUGGUCCGGAGUGGGCCGCCUCUGAGUCUCGGACUCUGAACGGCGGUCAGGCCGGAGUCCGAGCCCCGGCCGUCUCCACCGCUUUCUCUACCACCGUCUCCUCCAUCGUCUCCUCCGCCGCCUCCACUGUCGUCUCCACCGCAGUCACCUCUUCGGGUCAGGCAGAAGCACCUAGAGGAUGUCAGCCCCCGGUCUGCAGAGUGCAGGUGGCCCAGCCCACAGACCCGGACCCCCGGUGCCCGAGCUGAUCCGGAGGAAGCGAGAUGGGGAGCAUCUUGCAGAGGACGAGAUCUUCAGCUUCGUGCAGGCCGUGACUGAUGGGACCAUCCAGGAUACGCAGAUCGGUGCUAUGCUGAUGGCCAUCCGGCUGCAGGGCAUGGACCGGGCAGAGACGGAGGCUCUGACAAGGGCAAUGGCGGGGUCCGGGAAGCAGCUUGCAUGGCCAAGGGAGUGGGCAGGGCGUCUGGUGGACAAGCACUCGACUGGUGGUGUAGGGGACAAGGUCAGCCUGCCACUGGCCCCUGCGCUGGCUGCCUGCGGCUGCAAGGUGCCGAUGAUCAGUGGGCGAGGCCUGGGCCACACAGGAGGUACCCUGGACAAGAUGGAGGCGGUGCCAGGCUUCUGUGUCUCCCAGAGCCCGGAGCAGAUGCGGGAGCUGUUGGAGCACGUGGGCUGCUGCAUCGUGGGCCAGAGCCAAGAGUUGGUCCCCGCGGACAGAAUCCUAUACGCAGCACGUGACGUGACCGCCACUGUGGACAGCCGCUCUCUCAUCACUGCAUCUAUCCUCAGCAAGAAGGUGGUGGAAGGCCUGUCCGCCCUCAUCCUGGACGUGAAGUUCGGAGAGGCCGCUCUGUUCCCCAGCCUGGAACAGGCCCGAGAACUUGCAGAGACCCUGGUGGGCGUGGGGUCCCAGCUGGGCCUGCGUGUGGCCGCCGUGCUGACUGCCAUGGACGGGCCCGUGGGGCGCCGGGUGGGCCACGCUCUGGAAGUGGAGGAGGCGCUGGAGUGUCUGGAAGGGGCAGGCCCCCCCGACUUGCGGGACCUCGUCACCCAGAUCGGUGGCACCUUGCUAUGGCUGUGUGGAGCGGAACCAACCGCGGCUCUGGGAGCAGCCCGGGUGGCCACGACUCUGGACGAUGGCUCGGCCCUGGACCGGUUCCAAGCCAUGCUGCAGGCCCAGGGAGUCACGGCCUCGGUGGCCCGGGCUCUGUGCUCCGGGCCCGGGGCGGCUCGGAGACGGCUGCUGCCUAGCGCCCCGACCCAGGAGGAGCUGUGCGCCCCUUCUGACGGCACAGUGGAGCAGAUCAGGGCACUGCCCCUGGCCCAGGUCCUGCAGGAGUUGGGAGCGGGACGGAGCAGGGCUGGGCAGGCCCUGGACCUCAGCGUUGGGGCCGAGGUGCUGGUCAGUGUGGGACAGCGGCUGGAUGCAGGGACUCCCUGGCUGAGGCUCCACCACGCGGCCCCUGUCCUGAGCGAUCGCCACCGCCACACUCUGCAGUCGGCAUUGAGGUUGUCCGCCGGGCCGCCCUUCCCCACCCCCCGCCCCGUGUUCGAGCUGGUUCUGCCACCGAUCACCGCCUGCCCACAGGACUGACCCACUGGUGACUUAACCUUGGGCAUCACAAGUGUUCAGUAAAGGUUUGGUAUAGAAUAAGAUCUUAAUAAAUAAAUACUCUAACUGGC